UGCAGGCAGCAGACUCUUUCGGUAGAAGCUGCAUGGAUGUGGCGUGUUUUAGCUGUCCGGGCAACAACAGACAGUAUGAAAAAUUGUAUGCGUAGACUUGACAGAAAGUAGCAAAAUAUACAUGUAGAUUUUUUUGCACACAUAUUCAGUAAAAAUGUGCGAUUACAUAAAAAGUUUGAUUGCAUCAUUUCUUCACAUUUUGUAUUAAUUUAUUUGCCAAGUAUGUUAUUUAUUCGAUGACAUCCACAAAUUUAAUUGUGAGAGCCUAUAAUUUAAUUUGCCUCCAAAAUGCAGGUUUGGAGCGAAAUGCAAUAAUAAAUAGUCAAGAUAGCAGAGUAGGCUCUUUCAACAAUGAGACCAGCGUUGAGGAAGGUGGUCUUGAUCGCACUGUUGGGCCGGGACCAGCCCCGCCGAAAGCGCAGGUCUGUGUGGGUCCCCAGAUGGUUAAAGUCCCGAAAGCAGGCAGGGGAGUUCCACCGUCUAAUUCAAGAGCUUCGACUGUUUGGAGAGGAAUUCCGAAGUUACUUUCAUCUGGACCGAAGCCAGUUCGAUCACCUGCUCCAGAUGGUUGGAGCCAGGAUCACCCGGAUGAAUAACAACUACCGGGAGUCGAUCAGCCCAGUUGAACGCCUGGCGAUUUGUCUCCGAUUCUUGGCGACAGGGGACUCCUACAGGACCAUAGGAUUCAGCUUCCGAGUUGGAUGGUCCACGGUGGCAGGCAUUGUCCCAUCUGUGGCACAAGCCAUUUGGGACUGUCUGGUUGGUGAAAACAUGCCUGUCCCCAAGGAGGAAGACUGGAGGGCCAUCGCUGCUGAGUUCCUGGAGAGGAAUUUCCCCAACUGUCUUGGCUCCAUUGACGGGAAACAUGUAGUAAUCCAGGCUCCACCGUGCUCAGGUUCGCAAUUCUACAACUACAAGGGUACAUAUUCAGUUGUACUCUUGGCUGUAGUCGAUGCCAUCUACUGUUUCCGUGUUGUCGAUGUUGAUGCUUACGGCAAGGGAAGUGAUGGCGUGACCCUCCGAGACUCUGCCUUCGGCCAGGCACUUCAGGAUGGCACCCUGGAUAUUCCACCACCUGCAUCACUCCCUGGGGCUGAAGACCUGGGACCUGUUCCCCACGUCUUCGUCGGCGAUGAGGCCUUCCCUUUAAGACUCAUGAGGCCCUAUGCUGGACGCCAGCUGCCAUUGCCAAAGCCUGUAAGGAUCUUUAACAAACGACUGUCCAGGGCAAGGUUAGUUGUUGAAUGCACCUUUGGGAUUCUGGCAGCCCGGUGGAGAAUGUAUUGGAGAGUGCUUGGUCUCAGCCCCUCAAAUGUCGAUGCCUGCGUGAAGGCCACACGUGUUCUCCACAACUACCUGCGGAGGUCAUUCCAGGAGCCGCUCCGGAUGGAGAUGGGCACGCCAAAUGGUCACCUUCCCGAUGUCACCAGGGCAGGUGCCAACAACGCCCCCAGACAGGCACUCCAGGUGAGGGAGAAGCUGACCACCUACUUCUCAUCGCCAGCAGGUGAAGUCCCAUGGCAGUAUGCCGUGGAGUGAAACGGCUCUUCUAAGAGCCCCAUAACACAAAGGUUAUUUUAAGAACCAUCCACCGUUGUCCAUAAAAUUGCAUUUUUCAAUUUGGGAGUAAAGACCACACCUUAACCCCUUCCCUCUCCCACUAACGUCAGUAUUAUACACACCUGGCAUGGUACAUCAGGUGAGCGGGAGCACUAAUUAAGGUUAUACGACAUACAGUUAGUAUGAUAACAAAGGGAAAGGGUAACCUAGGGUCCAUACAAACAGUACAGUUUACCACCAUGUUCACUGGCCUGACAAAAUACAGGUGGAAAAAAAACGAAUUAGGAAGAGAAUGUGUUUUUACUUUCAUCUUGUUUUAGAUCAGCAAAGGUGUAGGGAAGAAAUAAGAGUCUAAUAAUUAAGUCUAAAUUAGAUAUUAAUAAACAACUGAAACAACUGACUAUGAAAACAUAAUUUAAUAAGUAUUCAAGUACAGGAAAGAACAUGACAGGUAUGUGAGUUGUAAAAAUGUUUAAAAAAAAUAAAACUAUUGAAAGAGGUGUGUGCGUUUUUUUUGUUUUGUUAAAUGAAUGUGUAGCCUGUAAUCUGUAAGAGAACAGCAAGAGCAUGUAUUUUUGGCACAACUGCAGACCGAUACAGGGACUACUCAUAAAGCCUAGAUGUAGUAGGGGAACUUCAGACAUGGCCAUAAAGAGAGAGAGGGCAGGGCACUGGAGAUCUGAGGUACGAAGAGGUGUGUGUGUGUGUCUCUGUCUCUGAGAAAAAGGGAAUAGGUCUUGAGGUUUUAGAUUUCAAUACUCUAAAUAAUACUUUUAAAAUAAACUGGAUUCUGAAGUAUGGGGAACAGUAUUUGGAAUGUCUUCCCUAAGUAUUUAUUUGACUCUGUUGGUGGUUAAGAAUUUUUUUGCUUCAAUGUAAUUUUGAUAUUGAUAAAAUCCCAAUAAAGUUGGCCAAAUUCCAUAAGCAGGCAAUUUUAGCUUGGAUGUUAGUGUAUAAACACGAUUUUCGCCCUCACAGAUACGUUUUAUGGAACAACAAAGAUAUACCAUUUGUAUACUUA